AUGUCAGACUCACAGCGUGAUCGCAGCUCGAAGCGAAGGGCCAGAGAUGGCUCCGAAGAUGCCUUACCUCGAAAAAAGCAGCACCGACAGGCUGUGACCCGCCCUGACGACAGCCAGUCUGAAGAUAGUGGCAGCGAUGGGGAUCACCUCGCGUCGAAGGCUGGGAGAAGCUCGAAGAACAAGUCUGCACCCAGAAAUGAGAAGGAAUACCCGUCAAUCAACGAGCUGAAAAGCCGCAUCCGUGGCGUAAAGCGCCUCCUGAACAAGAAUUUGCCUGCGGAUGCGAGGAUUGUACAGGAGCGGGCGUUGGCAGGCUAUGAACAGGAUCUUGCGGAGGAAACUGCCCGCCGAGAGCGUUCAAAUAUGAUUAAGAAGUAUCACUUUGUUCGAUUCCUUGACCGCAAGACGGCGACUAAGCAAUUGAACCGCCUCCAACGCCGCGAAAAGGAAAAAGACCUCGACCCUGAACAGAAGUCUGAUCUUUCUCAGAAAAUUCAUGCGGCCCGUGUCAACCUCAACUACACAAUCUACUAUCCUCUCCCGGAAAAAUACCUCUCGCUAUACCCCAAGUCCCACAGCAAUUCUUCCGGUGAGGCCGAUGAGAAGAGCGGAUCUGGGGCGGAAUCCAAGGUGCAAAACAAGAUCCCCGAAGCAUCUAGGCCACCUAUGUGGUCCAUUAUUGAGAAAUGCAUGGAAGAAGGUACUCUUGAUGACCUACGAGAGGGCAAGCUAAAAAUUGGCCCAGAUGGACAGCACACAUCAGCACCGGCUAAGAAGCCCACUGCACGUGAAAGCGAGAGGAAGUUCAAGAAGGACAAGACACACAAGGAGUCCAAGGAAGCUUCAAAGCAGGAGAAGCUUGCUCAGGAAGCUGCUCUGGACAACCUGAACCGGAGAGAGCGCCGCAAAGAGCAGCAAAAGGCGCGAGAAUUAGCAGCCCAACAAGCUGCUGAAGAUGAUAGCGAUGGUGGAUUCUUUGAAAUGUAA